UGCGUUGUGUGUGACACUAACAAACACUACAACCAGUUCCCAGGCCAGGCAAAGGUCUCCUCGCACGAGCAUGGCGCGAACAUAUGUCGUCCCUGCUACGUCCGCCACCUCGAAGCUGAAAUCGACUCGAAGACUUGGGAUGAGGUUGCAUGCCCAGAGUGCCCAGUCAGAUUGACCUACAGCGAGGUCGAAAGCAUGGCCAACCCUGAAGACUUUGCCAAGUAUGAGCGUGCAUCUAUCAGGGCAACCCUUUCAGCAGACCCUGAUUUCAGAUUCUGCCUCUCUACGACCUGCGACUCUGGCCAAGUCCAUCCCGGCGGCGCAGACGAACCCAUCUUCUCCUGUCAAGCUUGCGGACAUAAGCACUGUGUGACUUGUGAGACAAACUGGCACGCAGGCGAGACCUGUGAGGAAUACCAAGCCGCACUCCACCGCAGCACCGAACACGACGAAAAGUCGCAGAAAGAAAUCGACAAAAUCUCAAAGCCAUGCCCUCAAUGUCGUGUUCCUAUCCAGAAGAACUCCGGAUGUGACCACAUGACUUGCUCGAGAUGUAACCAUGAUUUCUGCUGGGCUUGCUCUGCAGAUUACAACGACAUCGCCAGACAAGGCAAUCACCACCACGAGAAGAGCUGCAGACAUUAUCGUCAAGCU